UUCUAUCAUCACAAACACAAUCCAAUCUACAAUAAUUAUUUUGCUGUUCAUUCCAUUCCAGUUUUUGUGUGUGAUUUAUUUGUGAAAAACAACUAGUAUGUCGCAAGAUCUUGAACGGCGCGAAGCUAUCGUUCAAACCUGCAUAUCUGACCUGAUAACAACGCUCACUGGAUUCGAUGAAACGGAAGAAAACUUCACCCUCUGCUAUCAGUUUGCGCAGGCCACCAUCCGGAAUCACCGGUUCCUAUCGGUAAACAGCCACGAGAUUCGUCGUAAAGCCGAUGGACUGAUGGAAAACUUGCGGAUAUCAAAUCUGGACCGGUUUGCCGAACGGUUCCGCCAGUUGUACGAAGGUUUCAUUGCGGAACCGGUUUGUGCAGACCAUUAUGUGCAUGAUAUUCAAUGGUCAGUGCUGUUGUUUCUGAUGACGGUGGCCCACAAUCCAAUUGGAGCGUUGCGGGAGAGGAUAAGGAGAGGCUCACCGGUGACAAUGAUAGAAGCGAAACCGUUUGAAUCUGUGCCUAUACCGGAUAACGAGAAGGAGGAGUUGCUGGAAGACCUCAAAGCCGAUAAUAUUGCCUUUGAAGAUGGAAACGAGCAUGAUGGUUCCGAUCUUAGCGAGUGGUCAGAUUCGGAGGAGGACGAAGAGGAGAAUAAGAUAGUUGAGGUAGAGGAAAGUAGGAAGGAGGUUGUCGUUUAUAGGAAAGUGGAAUCUCCGCAGCGAGACUUGGGAUAUGAAAGUUUCGAUGGAUCUUUGUCGGAGCAAUGGCUCAAGAAGCACAUUCAGACGUGUUGGUGGAAAGAUCCGAAGGCCAAAGCGGAAGUCAACAGCUCUCACGAAGGGGCAUCGUUUUGCGACUACUGGAAUCAGACUAUUCUGAAAGCCUCGUACAGUUUCAUUAAACCGGAUCCAGUUUCAACCGUUUCGGAAUACUGUCUAAUUCGGGAGAUUUUUUGGAUGUUUACGAAUCCAACCAAUUGCAAGUUCUUCCGCAUUGACGACGAUCAAAUCUGGAUCAAUCCCAGUGUAUCGCUGUCUAGUGCUACCGAACGUGGUUUGCAUACCUUCCUGAUGAAUUUCACCCAAAAUAUGACGAUCGUCUACCGUCUCCGUAACUUUUGUCGUCGAGUUUCGGAAGCGACGAGCAAUCCCAUUCCUGCUCCGUAUAGCUUCGAGUGCUACGCAUCCGGUAUUCGCGACUUCCUGGAUCACUUGGAAGCUACAAUUGUCGGGUUGGAAAAGGAAGCCGUCGCCCAAGAACCCGAUCGAAUCUACACCAUCAUAACGCUGUUCCACGAUCUGGAACCGGAAUUCCAACUGUUGGCGAAUCUUAACGAUAUCCAUCGCUUCUCGGUGCUCGAUUGGACCAAAUUCCCCGCGCACAUCGCCGUUGCGCAUCUUUUGUCGGGACUCUUCAGGAGCGUUAAGCUGAGUGGUAGUCUGGAAAAGACAAACCUUGCUUUUGCAUUGCUCCUAUCGACUCUCAAGGGCUACAUGAAUAUUAUCGACACUUGGUGGACCGAAGGCAGGUUGGACGACUGGCGGGAAGAGUUCGUAGUGGAGAGAACCUACGCAUUGGAAGGCGGUAGUAUGACCGGUUAUCGGGCUCGGUUGUUUUCCAAGUGCAAGAAACGGUCGUUCUACGUUAGUUCGGUCAUUUCGGAGGUAAUUGAAAAUGAUGCCAUCAUAAAGUUGCUGAUGCAUCAUUCACUUGAGGCGGGCUAUACGUUGAACAUUUUGAACGAUCUGGAUAGGAUCAGUGAUCUGAGGAGUGGGAGUGAUUCGGAGGAACCGAUGGUGUAUGUGGGAUUCUUGGAAGCGAUUGUGGACGUGCUGGAGGGUUUCAGGACGACAGAUGGCGAAGUCGUCGCAACGGAUCAGGACGGCGAGAGACAAGCCCAGAAAAUGAUGAAGGAAACUGCUACAACCUCAAAGCUGCAGAAUCUUCGAAAUCAAAUCAAAGAAAUCUGCGACGAUGAACUGCUGAUGCUGGCAUUGGACAGUUCGUUGCAACUUGCAUGCACCGACGACGAAGACGAAGAAACCAACCUUCCGGCGGUACCCUCAAGCAACUGCCUCACCAACGCUUAUUCACUGUACCGUCGUCUGAAUUCAAUUUCCGGUCAAUUAACGCUCCCACUAGAACACGUACUGUUCAGUGCCAUAAAGAAUCUCAUGGAAACGAAACGCCAAGCUGCGAACCACUUCGUUACCACAAUUUACAAGGAGGAGUUCCUGGUUCUGAACCACUUGAAGAACAUCCGGAAGGUGCUGCUCUUGGAAGCGAGCGAUCUUAUGUAUUACUUCUAUAGUGACCUGUACCGGCGAAUCGAAGCAGGUGAGAAUUGGGCCAACCCCUAUCUGCUGACCAUCCAGUUGAACGACAUCCUGGCAUCCAGAUUUACCGAUAUGACGUCCCUCUUCACGAUCGAAAUCGUAUCGGAGUACAAAUGCGAAACGACCACCGUGUUGGAUGCGAUCAAUAAGCUGCGGAUUUUGUACAACCCGAGCGACGAUCUGAGCAACAUGAUCAACGAAGAAACGAUGAGCAGUUACAAUUGUGUGUUCCGAUUUCUGCUGAAGGUGAAAUGGGCUUUGCAUACGUUGGAAUCGUUGCGAUUUCCCGAGUGUUACAAAAAGCGACCACCAUACGAGGAACCCUGUGUACUGGAUUUAAAUCUGAAACGAUUAGCGAUGUUGAAGUUCUGGAUGAUCUUCACUGUCCAAAGCAUCCAUUCGCAUUUGAUGACGCAUGUACUGCAAUCGCUGGGAAUGCAACUCGACGAGCGACUGGAAGCUGCCGAUAAUCUAAACGAUAUGAUUGCCGUCCACCAAUCGUACAUUAGCACAAUCUACGAGCAUUGCUUUCAGACAGAGGAAAGCAAAGUGUUCCGGGAAGGCGUCAUCCGACUGCUGAAUCUGGUUCAUAUUGUGCGUGACGAGUGGAGCAAUAAUGUCCUCUAUGCGGAAAUGGACGCUCGAGGGGAUAUCGAUGACAAUAGCAUGAUAGGGGACUUCAUCAGCAAUGCCCAAGUCGGUAUGCUGGAGAAAACGUACUGCAAAUGUCACCACCAGUUGGCGGAGCAACUCAAUAGAGACGUUUACACGAAACACAAAGUACACCUCACGGCGUUGGAAGACGCACUGAGCUCCAAUGUUCCUUAUUAAACUAAGUGGAAUUGCUCGGCUUUCUCAAACAGAACAAC